GCGGGGGCGGCCAUGUUAUUUUAGGCCCGUCGGCGGAGAGCGCAGGCUGCGAUAUAGGGAGGAGGAAGGGAGGAUCCGGGCGCCCGCAAUCCGAAUCCAUCCGGCCUGCGAGACACCAUGAGCGGGGGGACGCCGUACAUCGGCAGCAAGAUCAGCCUGAUCUCCAAAGCCGAGAUAAGAUAUGAAGGCAUAUUAUACACUAUCGACACCGAGAACUCUACUGUGGCCCUGGCCAAAGUGCGUUCGUUUGGAACGGAGGACAGACCGACAGAGAGACCAAUACCGCCCCGUGAAGAAGUCUUCGAGUAUAUUAUAUUCCGAGGCAGUGAUAUCAAGGACCUUACAGUAUGCGAGCCUCCGAAGCCGCAGUGCUCGCUGCCUCAGGACCCGGCCAUUGUGCAGUCUUCUUUAGGCUCCCCUUCAGCCUCUUCAUUCCAGUCCGUUAGCUCGUAUGGGCCGUUUGGAAGAAUGCCGUCUUACAGCCAGUUCACUCCCAGCCCGCUGGUUGGGCAGCAGUUCGGAGCUGUCGGAGUCGGGAGUCCUUUGACUUCUUUCGGUGCGGACCCCGCGAGUAGCGCUCCUCUGCCGCCGAGCAGCGCCGUGGGUUCAUCUUUCACUCAGGAGCCACGGACUAUGAAGACACAGCUUCCCCAAGGACGUUCCAGCCCUCAUUUAGAUCCCUCACGGAAGAGUCCCACUCUCGAGCAGGGCGUGCAGACCGCCGUGGCCGGAGCCCCUGCGAGGAGAAGUCCAGUAACCUCCAGGCCGCUGCCGCUCACAAACCAAAACGCUUUGGAAAGUCCAGAACAAAGAAAAGCUGAUGCACAAAGAGCGCUGAGGCCUGACGUGGACCACCUCAGGAACGAUAAAGAUUCCAGCAAGAGGCAGGCGGGACCUGGAGCUCCUCAGGCUAGAAGGGGACGCGGGGGACAUAGAGGCGGCCGUGGAAGAUUUGGCGUUCGACGAGAUGGACCCAUGAAGUUUGAGAAGGAUUUUGACUUUGAAAGUGCGAACGCACAGUUCAACAAGGAGGAGAUUGAUCGAGAAUUUCACAACAAGCUAAAGAUAAAAGAUGACAAACCCGAGAAGCCGGUGAAUGGGGAGGACAAAGCUGACUCUGGGGUAGAUACGCAGAACAGUGAAGGGAAUGCAGAGGAGGAAGAGGUGGCAGCUGCCGCGUCACUCGCUGCUGCAAGCUGCUAUUACGAUAAAACCAAAUCUUUCUUUGAUAACAUCUCCUGCGAUGAUAACAGAGACAGAAGACAAACUUGGGCUGAGGAGAGGAGAAUGAACGCAGAGACAUUUGGACUUCCUUUGCGCUCCAAUCGAGGUCGCGGGGGAUUCAGAGGUCGUGGCGGCGGCAUGGGCUUCCGAGGUGGAAGAGGGCGAGGAGAGAGAAGAGGAGGAGCGCCACCGGGCGGCUUUGGAGCACCUCGAGGGUUCCGCGGAGGCUUCAGAGGAGGCCGUGGGGGCAGAGAAUUCUCAGACUAUGAGUACAGGAAAGACAACAAAGUGGCUGCUUAGGGACGGCUGAUGCAGUUUAAAAAAAAAACAAAACAAAAAAACGGAUUUUUCUUUUGACUCGGCCUUUGUGAAGAAUGGAGAUACUUGCUGUACACCUUGUCACCAGCACUGGGGGUUGACUGCCUAACUUUAGUGCUGUGGGGUCUCAAUCGCGUGGCUUUCUGGUGCCGUUUGAGGGUCCCUGCAACACUAAACAAGAUGGAAUGGGAUUUCUAUAUAUUUUUCCUUUUUGAAAAAGUUCAGCAUUAAAAAUGGCAAAAGGA